AUGACCGACAAAAUCCCCCAAGAUGCUACCAUGGCGCCUGAUCCCGAAGAAGAUGACCUCGAUGACCUCGACGAUGUUCUCGACUCCUUUCAAGCAAAACCCGCUGCCGCGCCAACCCCAGCUCCAGCAACAUCCGCACCUCUAGCCUCCGGCCCUGGCAGACCGGCAGCAGCACAAGAUGGAGCAACACAAGCACCCGAUGACUUCACAAAACAGAUCCAAGAGAGUAUGGUCGGUCUCAUGUCCGAGCUUGACAGCAAUCCCGCUAUGCAAGCCGAAUUCGAGCAGAUGAUGGCACAGCUCAUCUCCGCCGAUGCUGGAGGUCCAGGUGCCGCGGGGAUAGCAGCAGGAGCAGCUGCAGCGGGACAACCUGCACCAAAACUACCAGCGGCGACAUCAAGCGCGACUGGCAAGAAAGAGGAAGCAGAUUUUCAAUCCACAAUCCGCAAAACAAUGGAACGAAUCAAUGCUUCGGACAGCACAGCCGCAGCAUCAACCGCUGCUGCACCUACUAGCGAAGAGGACCUUCUGGCUGCCAUGAUGAAAGAACUUGGCGGAGGUGAAGGUGGCGAUGGUGACUUCAACAGCAUGCUCAUGAACAUGAUGGCUCAUUUGACGAACAAGGAGAUUUUGUACGAGCCAAUGAAGGAGUUGCAUGACAAGUUCCCGGCAUGGAUGGAGAAGAAUGCGGAGAAGGAGAAGAAAGAGGACCUGGACAGGUACAAGGAACAGCAGAAGUUGGUUGGAGAGAUUGUGGGGAGGUUUGAGAGGAAGGGAUACAAGGAUGAAAAUGAAGAUGAUCGAGAGUAUAUUGUGGAGAGAAUGCAAAAGAUGCAAGCGGCUGGAAGCCCACCCUCCGAUCUGGUAGGAGACAUGAGUGCGGCUCAGGAGGCGCUUGGAGAUUUGGAUCAAGGGUGUCCGAUGCAGUGA